AUGAACGGUGAUAUUACUAAAAUCCCUGUUCUCUCAUGUGGAGCCGUAAAACAAUUAAGCGAUAUAUUUCCAGAGCUUCCUUUACCUUCUGCAUGUACUGACGGUGUAAGCAACGACACGCUAAUAUGUGACCAGUCUUUGUCCAACGAUGUCGAGCAAGCUCUAAAUUCUAAUAAUGAAGCACUAAUUUCUAAUGUUAGUGAUGCUCUGUCUAUGGUAUCUACUCAAAAUAUUGAUCUCGUAGAUGAAACUGUAGCUAUGCCGAUAGAUAAUGCUAACGCUCCUCCAAUUUUAAAUUUUCUUCUUCAAAGGAAUUCGCGUGUUUUCAAUCAAGAGUGCGCUAGUUCUUCUCACCCUAAUAGGGCAAACUUUAAUUUUAAUUGGGAUCCUCAAGCGAAUCCUAAUGGAUUGAACAAUCAGCACAUUGUUUUUGAUGAGGAUUCUUCAGUCAAACAUCAACACAAGAGAAAGAAACGCAAAAGAAGAAAGGUAGGAAACAUGGAGCAGGAAAUUAUAAGUGAUGGAGAAUCCAAUGGCGUUUCAGUGAGUGAUUGGGAUUCUGGUAGCGAUAAUGAACCCUCUGCCCGCAAAUCCUACGAAAUUAAAAACACUGGUGGAGAGGCCCUGAAGUUAAAAAUAUCUAUCAAACGCGCUGCUCCCGUUGAGAUCAGUACUUCUGAUAACUCCUUGAAGGAACGCAAAGAGAAAAAGCACAAGAAAUCGAAGGAUAAGAGACGACAUCAUAGUCGAGAUAAAAGCCUUCCAUCCAGUGAAGGCCGCUCCGAGCAACCGCUAAUUCCACCGACUAAUGGAAUCCCAAUGACUGCUAAACCAAUGCUUGUUACUUCUCCUCCUAAGGAAAUCUUUAACAGUCAAAGACCUCCGGGUUCUUCCGCUUCACAUUCUCCUCAUCAAUUCCCCUUUGAUUUGCAGGGUGUUUUUGAUCAGACCAAGCCUGAUUUCUCAACAUUUCCGAUCAAUCUUUUUGAUGAUUUAUCUGUCCCUCAUUCGAAUGCUGCUCCCAAUCACUCAAUGACGAACUCAGUAGCUGCUCCCUUUUCCUACAAUGAUUUCCUGCCUCCUGAUCUACUUUCCAGUACAAAUAUUCCUCCUGCCCUUCCGUCGCAACAUGCUCACAACCCCUCACCUCAAACCUCUGUGUAUCAAGGGAACUUCAUGGUGGCUUCUCAUCUGGAUUAUUCAGACAAUACCCAUCCCGAUUAUCCUACCUCUUACGGUAUUGGUCAGACUACUACCACCGUUGCUCCAAUGGGAUUGGCUAGCUACCUGAAUUCCACUAAACCUCAAACGAUCUCUAACAAUCCCCCGACAUCUCAACCCACCAGCUCUGUUGUACGUUCCUCUGCUCCUGUUAAACCCUCAGCAAGACGAAGGCCACCUGUCCCAAAACGACGUCGAGCUAAUGAAGUGGAAGGAUUGCGUUCGUGGACUGUAAAGUACCCGGGACAGAAGAAUCCUACUGAGAAAAAUGCUACUGCUGACGAGUCUUCUGCUUGGGAUGCAGUUGUUGAUCGACAGGCUAAUUACCUCCGAAAAAAACGACGAUUAACUAGACAACCCACUGCUCUUGCUAAUGACUAUGUGCUGGAGAAUGAUAAAGAUUAUCCCAAGCCUCUUACAAGAAGGAAUAGUUUCGGAGAUAAUGACGUUGACGAAAGUGGGAUUGGAGGUGACAACGAUGAUACCGAUGAUCACUUGGAUCCUGAAGGUGGAAAGGGGGUCGCUAGUAUUUCUCUGCGCUCCUCUGCUGCCCGCUGUUCAUACGCCGGAAUGGAUGAAGAAGGCGAGGAUAUACCCGAUGAGGAAUGCUACAAAGAUAGCAGCACUCGAAGACGUCGCAAAGCUACUGACGAUGAUGACGCUCCGUUUGAGGUUCGGAUUAAAGAGCCUGCUGAACAACGUUUUCCUCAUUUGCAAAAAGUCACCGCGGACCGAGCGCGUCCUAUUAGAGAGCGAGUACAUCACAAACCCCUAAACGCCUAUUCUGAGGUAUUAGGUGGGGAAUCUGCCUCCGCAAGCAGUUUGAAAAAAUUCCUUUCCCACAUUGACCAUGUCUUAGAGGCUGUCGAAGAAGUGGACCUUUUAGCUGGAGGUGAAAAUGACGAUGGAAUUCCACAGGAAGCCAUAAUUUCUCCCGCAGAUAUUGCGGAACUUGUUCGAGACUCUGCCAAAUUAAAGAGUAUUCAGGCUGCAAAUCAAGUACCUACUGACCGUCUACUCAAACUUUUAACUCUCCUACUUCUUAACAUUCGAGAUGGUGUAAAUGUGGUUCGAAUUACUGGUGAUCAAGAGAGCAUGGAGAAGAUAUCACGAGCUGUGGGAGCGAGCCUUAUUGCACUGAACCUCAUGACGUCUAAAGACAUGCCUCGUGAAAUCUACUUAGAAGAUGUGAUUGAACAAGCUGUGCAAGUCACUCGGUUCCAGCUCUCUAAUUGUAUAUACCCUGAGUAUGAUCCAGCCUAUAGAAUUGAGAACACAGCCAAGGAUAAUCAAAGUAGCAUUAAAUCUCGUCGUGCUCGUGAAAGGGAUAUUCAUAAAUCCACGGCAGUUGUUCAUCUCUAUCAUCGACUAGUUGAAGUUGUUUCGGGUCUUUCUGAACUUGUGCAUAUCCAGCGUUUAACCGACAGUCUCAUUCUCUCGCUCUGCACUGUCGGUGUAUCAAUCUUCUUUGUGGAAAAUGUUAGCGAGUUGCAGCUAUCGGGAUUGAAAUUAGUCCCGGCCUUGUAUGCUCACUACCAUAUGUGUCGUCAAUUAGUCACCGAAGAGUUGAUAUCAGGAAUAGCGCGCUUACCUUCAAGCAAGCGCAACCUUCGCACUUAUCGCUUGAACUCAGAGGAAAGUAUUCAAAUGUUCACAGCGUUAUCACUUCUACUUGUACAGUCUCUCAUUGAGCUGCCAACCGUUCCCAGUUUCGGUCAACAGUCAAAAGACAAACAACAACAGGAGUAUCUUGAACAACAUCAAAAUUCCUCUGCUGUUGAUUCAACUUCAUCGUUGCAUGAAAUUAAACCCGAUGAUGAAGUUCUUGUUGUCAGCUCCUACAAACGGGCUGUACUUACUGCACACAAUUUUCUUGCUAGCUUUCUCAGGAAGUCCACAACAAGAGGCGAAGAUGACUACCGAAUGAUAUUUGAGAACUUUGUGAAUGAUCUCCUCUUAACUGUGAACAAACCGGAGUGGCCAGCUGCUGAAGUUAUGUUGAGUCUCCUUGGUAGUCUCUUAGUUCAACAGUUCAACAAUAAGUCCCUCGACCAAUCUGUUCGGGUUACCAGUGUAGACUAUCUCGGCACAGUCGCGUCAACGCUUCGUCGAGAUGCUGUGACGAGUCAACUGAAAGAACACGACAUUGACGUUAUUCUUCGAGAACUCACUGAAGGUAGUCAAUCAGAUAGUGAGGACGAAGAAGAAUUGGGCGGGGAGCAAGAGGACGAAAGUCACAAAAUCGAAAAAGGGACUUCUUACUUAAAACCCGAAGAAGGGCAGCAGAAACCCUCCACG